CACGACUUCGACACUGAGACAUAAUUCUUACGACGAUUAAGUUUGAAAUGGCGGUAUUAACGCUUGGGAACGCGCAAUCCUUCUCUCAUCUCUGAGGAUCCUUUUAUAUUCUUCGCCGGAUCCCCGCCUACAUGCGCCUCACUCGCGGAAUCUAGUCGGCAGUUUUACGCGAACGUCGCAAACAGCCUCAGCUGUCAGCCAUUGUUCGAGAAUCAGUUAUUGGACAGCCAAAACCCGCCCUGCAUUUUUAGAUUUUCCGGUACUACCACACUGUCACCACGCUGCAUUGGUGUGUCUAUUCGAUACCACGGUUUGAGCCAUCGCAAUGGCCUCGAACGAGCAACAACCCCCAUUCGCCUCACCUGCAGACGCCAGCGGACACCAGGCCCAUUCUGGAUCUCAUCAUCAAACACACACGAGCCGCCAAGACGAAAACACAAAUGGAACAUUCAUCUCUAAUGCCUAUGAUGUGAGGAGUGAAAGCUACUACGGUGGACAAGGACGAGGGUUUGCAGAAUCCAGCCACAGUACUGCGGUGCCGUCCACCCAAACCACGCCAACACCAGAUGUAACUGACAAUCGCACUCUCGAGCACGCCCCGGAGUCUGUACGCAAUGAGGUCCCUUCCAAGCCUGUGGAGGAGGAGGUGUUGCAGAACGAUUCUUCCGAUUCCGAUCAUGAGGGAGCCGGUCGAUAUGCAGCGAUCAAGUCGGGGGAACCUACUACGAGACCGGCGCUGCAAUCACGAAACUCCACGCCCAUUACAGAGGAUGAUAUAUUCCGUGUUCUGUCGAGACGCAGAACAAGCCAGAGCCAUGCACUGGCCAAGACCAAUACAGGAACUUCCGCAGUAAGCAAAGAAGAGGAAGAUGAGAUCCACAACCUGAUGUCCAAGAUGUUCGGACGCACACGACAAGAAGGAUCCGAAGAGGAAAAGACAAGACACCAAGGUGUAAUCUUCAAAAACCUAACCGUAAAGGGCAUGGGCUUAGGGGCAGCUUUGCAGCCCUCGGUAGGCGACUUCUUCCUCGAUCCAGUACGACUCAUCCAGAAUCUGUUCGCGAAAGGGCCUCGUAAGGCAGCGGGCAAGCCGCCUAUUCGCACCAUUCUCGACGACUUCUCUGGAAGUAUCAAGGGUGGUGAGAUGUGCCUUAUCCUCGGCCGUCCGGGCGCCGGUUGUUCAACCUUUUUGAAGGUGAUCGGUAACCAGCGAUUUGGGUUCGAGGAGAUCACUGGUGAUGUCACCUAUGGUGGUACAGACGCUGAAGAGAUGGCGAAGAAGUAUCGCAGUGAGGUGCUCUACAACCCGGAAGACGAUUUACAUUAUGCGACUCUGAAGGUCAGGGACACUUUGAGGUUUGCCCUGAAGACCAGAACUCCCGGCAAAGCUUCGCGUAAUGAGGGCGAGUCUCGGAAAGACUAUGUGAAUGAGUUCCUCCGGGUAGUUACCAAGCUAUUUUGGAUCGAGCAUACGUUGGGCACCAAAGUUGGCAACGAGCUCAUUCGCGGUGUGUCUGGUGGCGAGAAGAAGCGUGUAUCGAUCGCUGAAGCUAUGGUUACCAAGGCCUCCGUACAAUGUUGGGACAACUCAACACGUGGUUUGGAUGCCAGCACUGCCUUGGAGUACGUCCAGAGUUUGCGCUCCCUGACAAAUAUGGCGCAGAUAUCAACGUCUGUAGCUCUGUACCAAGCAGGAGAGUCGCUGUACGAUUUGUUCGACAAAGUUCUCCUCAUCCACGAAGGCCGGUGUUGUUACUUUGGCCCAGCAGAUCGCGCCGCAGACUACUUCAAAGCUCUCGGCUUCGUACAGCCUGAUCGCUGGACUACUUCUGACUUCCUGACUUCGGUAACGGAUAGCCACGAGAGACAAAUCAAAGACGGCUGGGAAGAUCGUAUUCCCCGCACCGCAGCACAAUUUGGCGAUGCAUUUGCCAAGAGCGAGCAGGCUCAACAUAACCUUGCUGAAAUCGCAGAGUUCGAGCGAGAGACGAAGCGACAAGCGGAAGAGCGACAAGAAGCUCGCACCAAGGCCACCAAGAAACGUAACUUUACGCUGUCGUUCCCGAAACAGGUCACGGCGUGUACCAAACGCCAGUUCUUGGUGAUGGUUGGAGAUCCGCAAUCACUUGUUGGAAAGUGGGGAGGAAUCUUCUUCCAAGCUCUCAUCGUCGGCUCGUUGUUCUACAAUCUACCAAACACCGCUGCAGGAGUGUUCCCUCGAGGUGGUGUCAUCUUCUUCAUGCUGCUCUUCAACGCCCUGCUAGCUCUGGCAGAACUAACCUCCGCAUUCGAAUCGCGACCGAUCCUGCUCAAGCACAAAAGCUUUUCUUUCUACCGGCCGGCCGCUUACGCUAUCGCUCAAACAGUCAUCGACGUUCCGCUGGUGCUCAUACAAGUCUUCAUCUUCAAUAUUGUAGUCUACUUCAUGGCCAACCUCUCGCGAACGGCGUCGCAGUUUUUCAUCUCCAUUUUAUUCCUCUGGAUCAUUACGAUGACCAUGUAUGCCUUUUUCCGAGCUAUCGGAGCCCUGGUCGGAUCUCUGGACGUUGCUACGAGGAUUACUGGUGUGGCUAUUCAGGCUGUCGUUGUCUACACGGGCUAUCUCAUCCCUCCUCAAUCCAUGCACCCGUGGUUCUCCUGGUUACGAUGGGUUAAUCCUUUGCAGUACGGAUUUGAAGCCCUGCUUGCGAACGAAUUCUAUAACCUGGACAUCCAGUGUGUUCCGCCGUUCAUCGCCCCUCAAGUUCCAGGCGCACAGGAGCGGUAUCAGUCCUGUGCCAUUCAGGGCAACACGCCCGGCUCUCUCACGGUCUCGGGGUCCGAUUACAUAUCGGCGGCAUACCAGUACUCUAGGUCCCACCUCUGGCGCAACUUUGGCAUCAUCUGUGCCUUUUUCUUCUUCUUCGUUGCUCUCACAGCAUUUGGAAUGGAGAUUCAGAAGCCCAACAAAGGUGGCGGAGCGGUCACCAUCUACAAGAGAGGUCAAGUGCCCAAGACUGUUGAGAAGGAGAUGGAGAUGAACAGCCUGCCCAAAGACGAGGAAGCCGGCAAGACUGAGCCUGUUAUCGAGAAACAAACUGUCAGUGACAACGAUGAGUCGGAAACCACAGUGGAAGGUGUUGCCAAGAACGAAACCAUCUUCACCUUCCAGGAUGUCACCUACACUAUUCCUUUCGAGAAAGGAGAGCGAACAUUAUUGCAGGGCGUCCAAGGCUUCGUGAAGCCUGGCAAGCUGACUGCGUUGAUGGGCUCUUCUGGCGCAGGUAAAACGACGUUGCUCAAUACGCUCGCACAACGCAUCAAUUUUGGUGUGGUUAGCGGGAACUUUCUUGUUGAUGGGGAACUGCUCCCCAACUCGUUCCAGCGCUCAACUGGGUUUGCGGAACAAAUGGACGUGCACGAGUCGACGGCUACGGUGCGCGAGGCUCUCCGCUUCUCGGCACGAUUGAGACAGCCGAAAGAGACGCCACUGGAAGAGAAAUACGCCUAUGUGGAGACUAUCAUUGACCUCCUUGAAAUGCGAGACAUUGCUGGGGCUGCAAUCGGCACGCAGGGUUCUGGCCUGAACCAAGAACAGCGGAAGCGACUCACUAUCGGAGUGGAGCUGGCUAGCAAACCGGAGCUCCUCAUGUUCUUGGAUGAACCAACAUCUGGACUCGACUCUGGCGCUGCCUUCAACAUUGUCCGUUUCCUGCGAAAGCUCGCUGACGCUGGACAAGCCAUCCUCUGCACGAUUCAUCAGCCGAGUGCCGUUCUCUUCGAACAUUUCGACCAGGUUCUCCUGCUCAAGUCUGGUGGCCGUACGGUCUACUUUGGCGAGUUGGGCCAGGAUUCUCAAACUCUCAUCGGAUACCUUGAAGGCAAUGGAGCGAAGAAAUGCCCGCCACAUACCAACCCUGCUGAAUACAUGCUUGACGCCAUUGGUGCCGGCAACCCGGACUACAAGGGUCAGGACUGGGGCGAUGUGUGGGCCAAGUCUGCGGAGAACGAGAAGCUAGGCAAAGAGAUCCAGGACAUCAUCUCCAACCGACGCAAUGCGGCCAAGAAUGAGGAAGCCCGCGAUGACCGCGAAUACGCUAUGCCCUAUCCCCAGCAAUGGCUAGCAGUUGUCAGGAGGAGCUUUGUCGCCAUUUGGCGCGAUCCACCUUAUGUUAUCGGCGUGACCAGCCUACACAUCAUCACUGGUCUCUUCAACGGCUUCACCUUCUGGAACCUUGGCCAGUCGCAGAUCGACAUGCAAUCCCGCCUCUUUUCCAUCUUCAUGACGCUGACAAUAUCGCCUCCCUUGAUCCAGCAGUUGCAGCCGCGGUUCCUUAAUUCGCGGGCCCUCUAUUCUUCAAGAGAGGGUAGCGCGAAGAUUUACUCUUGGACGGCCAUGGUGUGGGGAACGAUACUCAGCGAGCUACCCUACCGCAUCAUUGCUGGGACGAUCUACUGGUGCUGCUGGUAUUUCCCACCAAACUUCCCACGUGAUACGUACACGGCGGCAAGUGUGUGGCUUUUCAUGAUGCUAUUCGAGAUUUUCUAUCUGGGCUUCGGACAGGCUAUUGCUGCUUUCAGUCCCAAUGAGUUGCUUGCAUCGCUGUUUGUGCCCAUCUUCUUCACGUUUAUUGUAUCCUUCUGUGGUGUUGUCGUGCCGUACGCAGGAUUGCCAUCGUUCUGGCGAUCGUGGAUGUACUGGUUGACGCCGUUCAAGUACCUACUCGAAGGCUUCUUGGCAUUGCUGGUCCGAGGCCAAGAGAUCAAAUGCAAAACAAAGGAGCUUGCCAUCUUCCCACCUCCGCCUGGUCAAGACUGUCAAACGUAUGCUGGUCAGUUUGCGCAGCAGUCUGGUGGUUACGUGCAGACGCAGCCUGACGGGAACUGUGGGUACUGUCAGUACGCCACGGGCGAGGCGUUUGCGGCUUCUUUCAACGUCUUCCCUAAGAAUAUCUGGCGCGACUUUGGAAUCAUGUGGGCGUACAUCAUGUUCAAUUUCGCCGUCGUGUUUGUGUGCACAUGGCUGUAUCUGGGUGGCUUCCGCAAGAUCAAGGCGGUCUUCAGCCCUGCAGCACGUAAACAAAAGCAGGAGAGCAAGAAGAGGCAACGUGGUGAUGCGGCGUAGAUUAGAAGUGGUUGGUGGAUUGUGCAGUGUGCAGCGUGCUUGGUUGCUGUGUUCGGGUUCGGGAAAAGUCGUAGCUCGACCCGCGGCCGGAAUGUGGAGGAGGUGCAUCCCAGACAGGAAAUAUGGGGCUCAUUUUCGCAUGCACUUCCCCGCGAUAUACCAUUUGGGAUCGGAUCUGGAGCAUUCGUUCGGAGUUGGGAGCACGCGUGGUGUCUAACAGCCUUUCGAGGGUUGCGAUUAUUGUCGUCGGAUACCGAUAGAAUGGCUGUGUGAGAUGUAAUAGUAAUAUUUUGUUAGUGAAUCUUGUCAGACUGUGCCUGGGC